AUGGCAGAAAUCGCCCCCCCUCAGCAGGAUGUCGCGGCGACCCCUGCCGAUAUUGUAUCUCACGGUAGCAAUGACGACACUGAUGAGCUCCCGACUUCAUCGCCCGGCAUCUCGACCGAAAAGCCUGUCGCCACCGAGCCCCUUGAUCUCGGUGGACGAAAUCUAUCAGAAGACGAGAUCAAGGAGAUGGUUGUGUUCAACACUGCCAUUCGGUGUUCCGCCCACUUGAAUCCCGGAUUGUUUUCUUGGGGCCUAGAGGUACAAACACUUGUGUUGUUGUUAUACGUAUUCAUCAUUCGCUCACCAUAUCAGGUCGAAGUUCCUGGCUUGCGCAAGAAGCUCAAGCUCGAGGUCGGAGGCAGACUUUUCUUCAUGUGGUGGCAACGUCAAUUCCUUCGCGGGACGUUCUUCUAUUACAACGAUCGCCCACAGGUUGGCGUCAGACUCGUCGGCCAAAUCACAAAGCCAACCAAGCUGAGCCCUCUCACCGUCGAAUACACACAGCUCGGCCGAACCGUCGGACGCUUCGUCACACAGGACCACGCCUGGGCAGGCGAGCUGAAAGACACGACCGCAUACGGCACCGCAUCCGACAUCGACGCUUUCCAAGACGGCGCCAACGUAUGGGAUACGUGGGCCACUUCCCAGGACGGCAGCGGCCACUCUCAUAACACGGGCACGGUGUUCCUCAACACGAACGUCGAAGCCGUGGACCAGAAAGUGGUCGUCGGCCUGAAGCGUCUGAACAUCGCGCAGGGCCACCACACCGGCGUCACCGCGUACGCCAAGCUCCCAGACAAGCACCACAAGUUCCCCAUCACGCUCAAUAAGGACGGCGACAACAGCGCUGACCUGCAGGGCGGCGGGCUGUCCUGGUACUUCCCGCCGCCGCCCACGGAAACCGGUAUAUUGGUCGGCAACUGGUUCUCCGGCGCCGUGACUUCGACGGGUUUCCGCAAGGUGGUCAAGUUUCAAGACUCAGACAACGGCGGGCGCCCCCGACCGCCGAUAUUCCGCCAGCCGCCCACCGUGUGCGUCUGGCUGUCCGGGUUCUUGCACCGCACCACCGACGACAACUUCAACCUGCGUGUCCGCCUGGGAAACGUGACGAACACAACCUUUGAGCUCAUCAUCUCCUCCUACGGACAUUCCCGGCUGGCGUGGGCCUCUGGCUCCUUCAUCGCCGUCGACAAGACGCGAAGCCAUGGGGUGCGUGUCGGAACCAUCUCGGCCAACGCGAUUGACGGGGGCAACUGGAAGACGAAGUCCCAGACGCAGAAUGUCGGUGUUGAGUUCGGCACCGUCAUCGCGGGCUUCACGGGGUUGGACGCCAGCAACAAGAACGGGUUGAAGGUGAACAUCGACGUCGACCAGCAGGCGGCGGAUUCUUUCAAAUGGACAGCCGAGUCGUGGGGCGACAGUACCAUGAAUGCUUUCGAGGCCAUGUAUAUCUGUUACUAG